AUGACUGAGCACACAUGGAUGAUGCAGGACAUUCUGAAGGAUUUAGACCAGGUCAUAGAGACUGAAGAGCAAAUUAAGCAUAUGAUGCAAAGAACCAGUAACACCAGUCGACCAAGCACAAAAAGCACAGAAAAUGGGGCCAAAUAUGCGCAGAAAGCAGGUAUAUUUUGUAUCUUCUGCGCCGCUAGCGACCACAAGUCCCUCUUAUGCACCAAGUACGCCUCACCUGAAGACAGGAAAAAGAUGUUUUUGGACCAAGAUAGAUGUCUGAACUGCGGUACACCAGGUCAUUUCACAAAAGCUUGCACCAAGGAAGGAUGUAGGUUAUGUGACGGCAAAAAGCACCAUCACACCCUCUGUCCAAUACGGAUGAAAUCAAUGAACACGACACAAGCACGACCAGAACACUACAGGAAGGAGCCAUGCACUACUCCAACACAAUCGGAAGGGAACAAGCGAAGCGCUCAUAGUGGACUGGGGAGACAACAACCCAAGAAGCCAGCUACAGUACAAGCGCAUGCGGUGGACACAGAAGCAUGCACAACUAGAUUAAAUGGGUCACAGGGAAGUGACCAUAGUGACAAUCUAACUGCUGUUCUCUCCACAGUCAGGAAUCAGGGCAUUCCAUGUGGUAAUGAAGCAGAAGCACGAAUCCCUGCUAGCAACAUAUCUACAAAUGUUACGCCGCCCUCCGAUAAGACUGGCAGAAAUGAUAUGGCUAAAUCAAGAGCGCGCACACGACCUUACAACUUGAGACCACGAACCCCAAAGAGUGACGCGCAGGAGGUAAAUACGGCAACAGUGGUUAGCAACGCUCGGCGCCUUACUCCCAAAUGGUUUCUUUUCCACAUCAUGAUUCUUUCGCUUAUCCAAGUCUGUUCGGGUUGCGCGACGUCUCCUGGGGGUCUUGUAUGCGCCAAGAAGGGGUUCUAUUACAUCACAACAGCGCCUCAAGCUCUUGAUACGUGCGCAAAUGGAUUGAAAAAUACUCAAAAUAUUCACAGAUGCGUUCACCUUGUUGAAAUUCAGACAGAACUCUUUUUCAAGGAAAAAUUAUUCCUACAAUACAUAGCCAGUGAUAGUUGCGCCAAUUUCCACGUUAAUAACAAAAGUGCUUCGUUAUUUCAAAAGAAUUUGGGAGCUAGCAUUGGCCUACGUAUACUCACCAUCAUUUGGCUAGCGCUGUCUAUUUAUCUACCAAUGGCAAAUUCAUUAUGCAUAAUACAAGCUAGGAGGAAAAAGCUUCCACAUAACGUAAGCGAAGUUGAAAAACAACUGCAUCAAGCACAAACAAGCCUCCACAAACUGAAAAGUGCCAUUCCUCCUCUUCCGGAACCAAAUGUGCUGUAUGAAAAGAUUGUUGAGCUUUGUACUGAUCAUUAUAAUCACACCCAAGCUGUCACUUCUAUCGAAGAAAAAGUCCGUAGGCUACGCUCCUCCGAUAAGCCCUCCCAGCAACGCAUUACCGAAAUAAGCUCAAUCAAUCUUGAAAUUGAUUACAUCUCUCUGCAAUUUCGUUUCUGUAGGUCUCAGCUACUGACCCUUUUCUCACUCCCACCUCUGCUCAUCGCAAUGGACAAAAUGACGAAGCAGCACUGGGAAACCCUCAUGAGCCAACCGCAAGAAGUCAGCCACAAUAAGCCGCUAAUAGUGGACAUGGACAGCCUAGAGGAAAUCACUUCCGACCAAAUUCAGGUGCUGAAUUCCCUCCGCUCAACCCUCAACGAUUUCCGUAUACAGGCUCAGAAUGAUGCGGAUAACGAACACUUCGCAUUCGAGAAAGAAGUUCGAGACAAGCUCGAUCAAAUACAGAAGCUUACUCUUGGUUUCCAGGACGCCGUCAUGGAUAGAUUGCGCGAAAGGCCCCUUGUAGCGAACCAAGGCGCGGGCGAGGGAAUCCGCAGGAUUCGCGAAGAGAACGACAUAAUAAGGGACAACGAAGGAUUCAUCGAAGGAGUGAUGGAAAUGGAUGAAAGCGAAGCAGAAGAUGUGGAGCAAGAACCCGACGACCAAGAUUCUGAUGAUGAAGACAUGGACCACAACGCUGAGCACGAUGACCUUCUGGAGACGGAAGAUAGUGAGGAGGAACGUGAUGAACAAGAACCAGAGGAGCGCGAGUCGGAUGAUGAAGAGUUGGAUCGCAACCAUAUCCCUGAUGACAUUCCACAGAGAGAAGACAGGAGACGAAGUGCGAUUCAGAUCGAACAAGAGAUUCGUAGUGCUGAGCAGGCGGUUCGUAACUUCGAAGAAAUUUUGCAGCAGUACGAACACGAACCCCUAUGCCCACCGCGUCGCUUUGGCCAAGGACACAUUACUAAAGGAUACGAACGAUUCAUGAAGUGCGCCUUUUGUGAGGCUAUAGGAAUACAUUACUCAGAUUCCUGUACUGCUCUGCGAGACCCAUAUACAAGAAGGGAACUGAUAAGAAGUACUGGUCGAUGCCGUAUGUGUCUCGAACGAGUGUGCGCCCGCGGAGCCACCUGCAGGAAAUACCUCACUGCAUGCUAUUAUUGCCGCGAACGAGGUCAUCAUAGUUCACUUUGCGACUUCCCGGACCAGAGUGACUACAUUCGCUCACGUUUGGAAAACGCACGUGAAGGAAGGAUUAGGAGCUUAAUAAGCUGA